AUGGCGUGUAUACUGAUGGCGAUACUGAUGGCGGUAUUGACGUGUGUACUGAUGGCGUUAGUUACGUGUAUGCUGAUGACGGUAGUGACGUGUGUACUGAUGACGGUAAGUGACGUGUAUAUUGAUGGCGGUAGUGAUGUGUAUACUAUUGACGGCACUGACGUGUAUACUAAUGACGGUAGAGACGUGUGUACUGAUGACGGAAGUGACGUGUAUACUGAUGACGGUUGUGACGUGUGUACUGAUGAACGUAGUGACGUGUGUACUGGUGACGGUAGUGACGUGUUUACUAAUGACGGUAGUGACGUGUGUACUGAUGACGGUAGUGACAAGUGUACUGAUGACGUGACGUGUGUACUGAUGGCGGAAAGUGAUGUGUGUACUGAUGACGGAAGUGACGUGUGUACUGAUGGCGUUAGUUACGUGUAUGCUGAUGACGGUAGUGACGUGUGUACUGAUGGCGUUAGUUACGUGUAUGCUGAUGACGGUAGUGACGUGUAUACUGAUUGCGGUAGUGACGUGUGUACUGAUGGCUGUAGUGACGUGUGUACUGAUGGGGGUAGUGACGUGUAUACUGAUGACGGUAGUGACGUAUGUACUGAUGACGGUAGUGACGUGUAUACUGAUUACGGUAGUGACGUGUAUACUGGUGACGGUAGUGACGUGUGUACUGAUGACGAUAAGCUGACGGAUUUCGAAAUCCUUGAAGCUGUCGAAAGGGCACUGGAGACUGACAUCAAUGCCCCAGAGGAGCGGGGAUUCAGUGUUAAUGACUGCGACGACGAAGACUGUGUGGAAUGUUUUGCACAAUGUGAAGACUACGAUGCUGUCUGCCGGGAGCAAUGCGCAGAAGCAUUCGAGCUCCGUACCUAUACCGCCAGACGCAACAAGUUCAGGUAG